CUUCACCUUCGUCCUCUGUGAACCACUGAAGCUUGCUCAGCCAUGGCCACCCCCUCGACUCCCCAUGUCAAGCUGAAUGACGCCGUUUCCAUCCCUAUCCUCGGGUAUGGUACCGGCACCGCCUGGUACAAAUCGGCCGGAGACACGGCCAUCAACCGGGGACUGGUGGAAUCCAUCAAGACCGCCAUUCGACUGGGAUACCGGCAUCUGGACGGUGCCGAGGUGUAUGGGACCGAGGCCGAACUGGGCGCCGCUAUCCAGGAAAGCGGCCUGCCGCGGGAGGAACUGAUCGUGACCACCAAAGUGAGCACCAACGUGGCCGAUAUUCCUGGCGCCAUCGACCAGAGCCUGAAGAAGCUUCAGCUGGACUACGUGGAUCUAUACCUGAUUCACCAGCCGUUCUUCGCCCAAUCCGACAGCGAUCUGCAGAGCGCAUGGGCCGCAAUGGAGGAGGUGCAGCGGUCGGGCAAGGCGAAGGCAAUCGGAGUGUCCAACUACCUGCGGUCGCAUCUCGAGGCGACGCUGCAGACUGCGACCAUCCCCCCGGCUAUCAACCAGAUUGAAUUUCACCCUUACCUGCAGCACGGCGACCUGCUGGAGUUCCAGCGGGAGAAAGGGAUCAAGACGGCCAGCUACAGCCCUCUGACCCCGGCGACGCGCGCGCAGGGCGGACCGGUGGACGCGACCGUAUCGGCGUUGGCCAAGAAGUACUACGUCUCCGAGGGCGACGUGCUGCUGCGCUGGUCCAUCGACCGAGGGGACGUCUCGGUCACCACCAGCUCGAAGGAAUCGCGACUGCAGGAGUACCUGCGCGUGCUGAAGUUCGAGCUGACUCCGGAGGAGGUGGACACGAUUUCUCGUCUCGGACAGGAAAAGCAUUACCGAGCGUUUUGGGGGAAGAAAUUUGCCGAGGAUGAUCGUUCGUAGACCGCUCCGAUCAUUUGGGCUGUGAAUAUCAUCAAGUCCUGUUUAGUAUAGAUGAAUACACGAAACAUAAAAC